CUGCUUUCAAAUACGCAUCAUCCUUAGCGGUUUUCCCAGUCAAUGAAUCCCUUUUAGUUUUGUUUGUGCAAACCGCAUGCUGCGUUGUGGUAAAUGGGCAUUGGAGAACUUUAGUUUAUUAGGCUUUUGAAAAUCAGAAAAGCUAGGUUUUAGUUUGUGGAAUAUUUUAUAUUAAUAUUUCUGGGUUUGAAAAUCAACUGCCUUCGCGUUUGUGCGCGCAUUUCUGUGUGUUUUAGUGGAGAAGUAGCGUAUUGUUUUGCACACACUUUGUUUCAUAUUCUUUUAAAUGAACUGUUUAUGGUAUUUAUACCUCUUUGGUUUGGUGGCUUUAAGUCAAAAUUGAGCUGCUACCUUGAGUCAGGCCUCUGCAUCUGUCAAUAAAAGUGGUGGUGGUGGUCAAUUGCAGGAGGCCCCCAUCAUUGUGGAGUUUUUGCAAUUGUCUUUGUAAAAUUGACAGCAUAAUUGAUGGCCAUGAUUUGGUUAAGGCAGCUUCACAAUGUUCACAUUGUCAUUAUAUGAAUUUGUGUCGAACAAUUUUUGAGCAUUUCCAGCAGUUUAUUUGGUCAUCAACUCAUCAUAUCAGUAUAUCACCAUCACCAUUAUUGCAACCAUAUUCAUAGAAAGAACAACGGGAAGAAACAAACAAUGUUUCUCAAAGUCCAGCUGCCCUGGAAUGUCAUCAUUGCUGCAGAAAAUCUGCAACCAGAGGGUCUGAUGCUUCAGAGGGAAAUCAUUGUCCGCCUUCUGAGUGACUUUGCUGUGAAGAAGGCUACCAAAGAUCUGGGCUACUUUCUUGCCGUGACCACAUUGGAGAAAAUUGGUGAAGGAAAAGUCAGACAACAUACUGGGGAUGUGCUCUUCCCUGUUGUUUUUAAUGCCAUUACCUUUAAGUUUUUCAAUGGUGAGAUAUUAGAGGGUGUUGUCCACAAGAUUUUAAAGCAUGGAGUUUUCUUGAGAUGUGGUCCAAUUGAGAAUGUCUAUCUCUCAAACUUGAAGAUGCCUGAUUACCGUUAUGUUCCUGGUGAAAAUGCUUGUUUCAUGAAUGACAAAAUGUCAAAGAUAGGAAAAGAUGUCACAGUUCGCUUUGUAGUGAUAGGUACCAAAUGGAUGGAGGCAGAUAGGGAAUUUCAGGCAUUGGUCAGUUUGGAAGGAGAUUAUCUGGGACCAAUUUCAUCUCCAGAUAUUUAGCUACAUUUUCUGUGUUAUUAAAUUGUUGUUUUUUUGUUGAGAGUAAACUCAUGUUGCUGUGGGGCUUAGUUUUUAUCUUUCCUGGUACUAAUCAUGGAACCUAUUAACCAAAGUAAUGCAGUGGGGUUUAGUUUGUGAAUAGCAGAUUGGUGCUCUGUAUAUUCUUCCUUGUUGAUGAUCUUUUUAGUCAACUAAACAUCUUUUAUUUUUUUUUAUUUUUUAUUUGAAUGAUUUGUUCUCUGGAGGAUC